AUACACCCAUCACUCCUCUACCUAUUGCCGGUCACUCUCCACCGGGGCCUCUCCCUGGGAUUGAAAUCCAAGUCUCGGACUGGCAACCGCGGUUCUGACGGAAGGUCACCGACCUGAACCGUUAACCCUGCUCUACCUGGACCUGAUGAGUAUUUCCGAUUUUGUAUUUUGUACAUACCUUGUUUUGUAUAUACUGUAUAUGAUGACUUCGGUGGGUAAUGACCGAUCUCGUGGAACUCGGGACAAGAUGCAAAUUCAAACAUGUGCACAGAUACAGAAACCAGUGCAGGCUACAGCAGAACAGAUUCGACUUGCCCAAAUGAUCUAUGAUAAGAAUGAUGCAGAUUUCGAAGAGAAAGUGAAGCAAUUGAUGGAAGUCACAGGAAAGAACCCAGAUGAAAGCAUAGUUGCACUUCAUGACUGCAACGGUGAUGUGAACAGAGCUAUCAAUGUACUGCUGGAAGGAAAUUCAGAUACGACCUCAUGGGAAACUGUAGGCAAAAAGAAGAGUCUUGGAACUGGAAAAGAUGGCCUCUUAGAAAAUAAGGAAAACCGAGAGAAACGUGGAGAUAAAGUAAGUCGGGGUCGUGCGAUCUCUUCUAGACGAGGAAGAGGAAAUCGUGGCAGGGAAUACAGAAUUGAGGAAAAUGGAGUGGAUGUUAGCCCAGGUGAUAGACCUGCAGAACGAGGAAGGCGUGGCCGUGGCAGAGGAUUCAAUGGUCGUAGCAGAGGCAGGGCAGCAGGAAGAUUUUCAGCACAAGGCAUGGGAACCUUCAACCCCACAGACUAUGCAGAUUCUACAACAAAUAAUGGUUUUGGGGCAAUGUCAGAAAUGUGGGAAUCAGGCCAAAACAAUGGAACAGGUGCUUGGCAGAAUUCCAUGGAGGACUGGGUUACUGAAGACUGGAAUGAAGAUCAGCUUACAGAAACAAAGGUCUUUACAGCUUCCACUGUUGUAAGAAUGGACAACCAAAUCACUCCAGGACCAAGCACUGAUCUAGCAACAUUGCUUCAAAAACCCUCAACUGGUGCUGUAACAGAAACCAACUCGUGUGAAGCACCCCAACAGGCAAACCUCACUCAGUCACUGGUGUUCACUAAUUCCCAACAUGAUGAUCCAAAUUCAUCGGUGGAAGGAAACUCCAAUGCUGUGAAUUCCUACACUCAGAAUCUGUCGCCUGGGUUUGGGGAGCUUGCAGCUACAAAGAUUACCAACUCUUCAGGGUCCCAAUUACUUGAGCAGUUGAAAUCCUCUGGUUUGGUAGAGAUUGCUGCACAGGCUAGAAAACCAAGUAGCAACACUCAUUCCUGGGAAGCAAAAUCAAUUUCACAGUCAACAGCCCUGAGCCAGUUUGACCUCAAGACCCAGCCUGAGCCUUCACCUGUUCUGAGCCAGAUGACCCAACGACAGCAGCAGGCCUCUGAACCAGCAUUAAAUUCCUAUACCUCCCAGAUCAAGUUGAGAGAAUUGUCUCCUGUUGAAAGCACUACUGCUAAAAUGAUGCAACUGCUACCUAUCUCCACAGACAAUCAAAUAGCCAAUGCUCAACAGAUGCAGCAAAAGCAACUUAAAACACAAAGGCGGAAGAUACCAGCAUCUUCUAAAAUUCCUGCAUCUGCUGUUGAAAUGCCAGGAUCAACGAAUGUUUCUGAACUGAAUGUCCAGUUUGGAGCCCUGGAGUUUGGGACAGAACCUUCUCUGACUGAAUUUGGAACAGGAAGCAAGGAGACCAUCAACCAGACACAAAACCACUUGUUUUCAAAUUCUGUAAGUGAUUCGCUGUCACAGUUUUUGUCGAUAUCCAGUGCAGUUCAAGAAUCAACAGACCCAUCUGCUGUCAGCUCUUGCAGCUCAACAACUGCUCAGAUCACUCCAGUGACUUCAACGUUCGAUCAGAAUUCAGUGCACGGGAUAUCUUAUCAGAACUCCCUGGGUACAUCCCCUCAAAAGGAAGCUUCUUCUCAGAAUGGUCUUGGGACACAACAGGCACUUGAAGCUACAAUAUGUCCCACUGUGAAAUCGGCUGAGUCACAAUCUUUACAAAGUGUGAGUUCACUAUCCACUGGUGUAUCCACUGCUUCACUUCUGCCUACAAUAUCACAACAUUCUGCUAGCUUGACCAGCUUGAACCAGACCAUUGAAUUGCCCAGCAGCUCCCUUUCACAACUUAGCAGUUCUUUGCCAAACCACCAAAGCAGUAGCGUUCCUUCUGCUACGUCACUAGCUGCAAGUUCAUCACAUGUACAUACAAAUGUUGACAACAGUUUGCAGACUUCUGAAACUUUCUCCACUGCUUUGACAUUUACUACAAUCACCACGUCAUCAGCCAGUGUCUCCAGUAGCCUAAGCACUACAAACAGCCUUGGACUGAGUGCUGCGAGUGUAUCCAUGCCAACAGCUACUACACGAGCAGUUCCUACUGUGUCUUCAGGGAAGGCUCCGCCAAAUCUUCCUCCAGGUGUGCCUCCUAUUUUACACAAUCAGUACAUUGUUGGACCAGGGGGACUGCUGCCUGCAUACCCAAUCUAUGGAUAUGAUGACCUUCAGGUACUUCAGUCCAGGCUUCCUAUGGAUUACUAUGGAAUGGCAUUUCCUGCUCCAGCUGCAGCACUUGCAGGCAGAGAUGGAAGUCUUGCAAGCAACCCCUACUCAGGUGACCUAGCAAAGUUUGGCAGGGGUGACUCUGCUUCACCUGCACCAGCAACCACUCUAGCCCAGCCUCAACAAAAUCAGACUCAUCACACCACUCAGCAGGCCUUCUUAAACCCAGCUUUGCCACCAGGCUACAGUUACACAGGAUUGCCAUACUAUGCUGGUAUGCCUGGAGUACCCAGCACAUUCCAGUAUGGACCUGCCAUGUUUUUACCUCCAGCAUCUGCUAAACAUGGAGUGAAUAUGAACACUGCUUCAGCAGCUUUUCAACAGGCAGGUGGCUAUGGACAGCAUGGAUAUGGGACAGGUUAUGAGGAUUUAAACCAAGGGGGUGGAGCUGGAGAUUACAGCAAAGGUGCCUAUAGUGGGUCUACUCAAGCACAAACCAAAUCAGCUGGACCAGGGAAAGGUAUUUCGGUGAAUUCCACUAACAUCGUUCCUGAUAUGACUGGCUCAGUAUACAAGACUCAGUCCUUUGACAAACAGGGGUUUCAUGCUGGUACACCACCUCCAUUCAAUCUGCCAUCAGCACUUGGAGGAACCGGUACCCUAAACCCGGGUGCAGCUGCAGGAUAUGCCCCACCUUUUUUACAUAUUGUGUCAACUCACCAGCAGCCUCACUCCCAAAUGCUGCAUCAUCACCUGCAACAGGAUAAUCAGGGCGGAUCUGGACAGCGCAAUCAGCAGAGCAGCAUACCACAGAAGUCUCAGGUUAACAAACCCAACUAUGGCAGCUCUCCAUACUGGGGGAAUUAAGCUGAAAGCUGUUGCCUACUUCUUUUUGUAAAAGGAGGAAGAAAACUGGUUGGCCAAAUGUCUAUGUUAGGGGGUGGGGGGAAAGAAAAUCUUAACGUACCUUAAAUGUGACAGUUGCCUGCUUUGAUUUGCUGUUGUAUGUAAUAUAUUUAUGUAUGUAUUUGUAUAUGUAAUAGAGCCUAGAUGUGGUUUCUGCACUUGAAGCCUUUCUUCAUAGGGGAAGAUUAAUAAACUCUCAGUAACAAUG